CCGAUCCGAACCGACAGUUGCCCAAAGACAUUGCCCCAGAGCAGAAUCUCGAGCAGAGCGGCGACACCUGUCAACGGGGGAAUUACAUAAAAAAAAAAACAAACACACACAAACACUCAACAUUUUCACAACUCAGAAAUCAGUAAUAAACACCGGAAAAAAAUCGAAAUAAAUCUCAAAUCGAAAAAACGCGAAACACGCAUUUGGAUUAGCCGAUAGCCAAUAUAGACGUUCAGGAUCCCAGGAUCCAGGAUCUCAAUUGCCGAGAUGUCGUACCGCGGAAUGCUGAGCACCUCGGACGGUUCCCCCGUCGAGCUGCGCGUCCAGGAUGUGGACUCCUUUGACGGAUCGAUGAUGUCCCAUGCGGCCACCAAUGCCGGCGGUCCGCUGGGCAGCAAGGCCAGCGGCAAGAGCCUCAACGCCUGCACCUCCAUGUCCAUGCCCCAAAAGCCGAGUUCCCUAAGGGCGACCCCCAGCCGCUGCCCAUGUGAUCUCGCCGAUUCCCCGGUGGAUGAGAAGGCCGAAGCUGAUGUGGAGGUGACCAACGAGAUCUCGGCGCCAUAUGAAGUGCCCCAAUUUCCCAUUGAACAGAUCGAGAAGAAGCUGCAAAUCCAGCGCCAUCUCAAUGAAAAGCAGGCUACAGGACCUAGACCCGUGGCCGCAGCCGCCGUUUUGGCCACAGACAGGGAAUCAUCCAGCAGCACCGAGGGCCGCGAGACCGUCGUUAAUAUGGAGAGAAACGAUGCGGACAUCAACUUUCAGCGGGUCUCCAUUUCGGGUGAGGACACCAGUGGCGUGCCGCUCGAGGAUCUGGAGCGGGCCUCGACCCUGCUGAUCGAGGCACUGCGCCUUCGUAGCCACUACAUGGCCAUGUCGGAUCAAUCGUUUCCCUCGACCACGGCUCGAUUCCUCAAGACAGUGAAGCUCAAGGAUCGCAUCAACAAUCUGCCCGUCAAGGAGGUGUCGGACAUCAUUCGCAAAAUGAGUGUAGCGAACAUACAAGAAUCUGCAGAUGUCCAUUUGAGACAUUCGCCAAUGAAGAUUACAAAUCCGUGGAACGUCGAGUUUCCCAAUGACGAAGAUUUCAAGAUCAAGCCCCUCAACGGAGUGUUUCACAUUUACGAGAAUGAUGACGAAAGCAGUGAGAUCAAAUUCGAAUAUCCAGAUAUGAGCCAAUUCGUGAACGACAUGCAGGUCAUGUGCAAUAUGAUUGCCGAUGGGCCAUUGAAAUCUUUCUGCUAUCGACGUCUCUGCUAUCUGUCGUCCAAGUAUCAGAUGCACGUGCUCCUCAACGAGCUGCGUGAGUUGGCAGCCCAGAAGGCGGUGCCGCAUCGCGAUUUCUACAACACCCGCAAGGUGGACACUCACAUCCAUGCCGCAUCCUGCAUGAACCAGAAGCAUCUGCUGCGUUUCAUCAAGAAGACGCUGAAGAACAACGCCAACGAGGUGGUCACCGUCACCAAUGGCCAGCAAAUGACUCUGGCCCAGGUGUUCCAGUCGAUGAACCUGACCACCUACGACCUGACCGUCGACAUGCUGGACGUCCAUGCCGAUCGCAACACGUUCCAUCGCUUCGACAAGUUCAACUCCAAGUACAAUCCCAUUGGAGAGUCACGGCUCAGGGAGGUCUUCCUCAAGACGGACAACUAUCUGAAUGGCAAAUACUUUGCACAGAUCAUAAAGGAAGUGGCCUUUGAUCUGGAGGAAUCCAAGUACCAGAACGCCGAGCUGCGUCUCUCCAUCUAUGGCAAGUCGCCGGAUGAGUGGUACAAACUGGCCAAGUGGGCCAUCGACAAUGAUGUGUACAGCUGGAACAUUCGCUGGCUCAUCCAAAUACCCCGUCUCUUCGAUAUCUUCAAGUCGAACAAGAUGAUGAAGUCAUUCCAGGAGAUCUUGAACAACAUAUUCCUGCCGCUCUUCGAGGCGACAGCCCGGCCUAGUAAGCAUCCCGAGUUGCAUCGCUUUCUGCAGUACGUGAUCGGAUUCGAUUCGGUGGACGAUGAAUCCAAGCCGGAGAAUCCGCUCUUCGACAACGAUGUGCCCCGUCCGGAGGAGUGGACCUACGAGGAGAAUCCGCCGUAUGCCUACUAUAUCUACUAUAUGUACGCCAACAUGACGGUGCUGAACAAGUUUAGACAAUCGCGCAACAUGAACACCUUUGUGCUGCGGCCCCAUUGCGGCGAGGCUGGACCCGUGCAGCAUCUAGUUUGUGGCUUCCUCAUGGCCGAGAACAUCUCCCACGGGCUCCUGCUACGCAAGGUGCCCGUGCUGCAGUAUCUGUAUUAUCUGACCCAGAUCGGCAUCGCCAUGUCGCCGCUGUCGAACAACUCGCUGUUCCUCAACUACCAUCGCAAUCCGCUGCCAGAGUAUUUGGCCCGUGGCCUCAUCAUUUCCCUCUCCACGGAUGAUCCCUUGCAAUUCCACUUCACCAAGGAACCCCUCAUGGAGGAGUACAGCAUUGCGGCCCAGGUGUGGAAGCUCAGCUCAUGCGACAUGUGCGAGCUGGCCAGGAACAGUGUGAUGAUGAGCGGAUUCCCACAUGCCAUCAAACAGCAGUGGCUGGGACCCAUCUACUACGAGGACGGUAUAAUGGGCAACGACAUCACGCGCACCAAUGUGCCAGAGAUCCGUGUGGCCUAUCGCUAUGAGACACUGCUGGACGAGCUGUCCAACAUCUUCAAGGUGAACCAGACGUGCUCCAUCGCAGACAUGAACGCCACAUAGUCUGGUCCAUGUGGUACAUCUGUUCCAUCGCGUUGCUGUGGCUUCCUAUGCUAACUUAAUGCAAAUUACGCAGAUAUAUACGCUAGUUAUAUACAUAAUUUAAAUGUUUCUGUACUAACCAAAAUGUAAACGCGGCAGACCAAAACCUUUAAAUAUACAAAACUUGUACACGAAACUUA